UGGGACUACACUAAAAUUGCUAUCAUUUGCACAUUGCCCUCAACCAGCUGGGGCAUGAAGGUGUGCUGAUGAAAAUCUAGGUGCAGAGAUCACAACAGAUCACCUGACUGAGAGCAUUCAAAGUAACCUUGCCCCCCUUCCUCUUUGCCCCAACCCCCAACAGGGUUAUAUCAGCCAGUUGUGGGAAAGCAGAAGACAUACUGCAAGACAAACAAUAAUAAUGGUAUUCAUCGAAGUCUGUGGGAUAUCAGUUCACCAAUAAUUUCUUCGAAUAUACCUAAAAUUACCAUGAAUCCAAGUUUGUAUUCUGCAGCAUCUGGUCUUAGAGGUGCUUUACAUUUCCAGAAAAUUGGAUCUGUCUGUAAUUUACAACUGCACUCCUCAACAAUUUUAAAGUCAACCACUGUUCCCACGUUGAGUGCAUAUGAAGAGAUUGAGAUUCCUGUUCCGUGGGGCCAUAUUUCAGGGAAAUGGUGGGGAAGGAAGGAUGUGACACCCGUUGUUGGCUUUCACGGUUUUGAAGAUAAUGCAGGCACCUUUGACAGACUGGCACCAUUGUUGAAUUUACCAGCUUUCCUUGCCUUAGAUGCCAUAGGGCAUGGUAAAUCCUCCCACAUUCCUCCAGGGAUGGUUUAUACCUUCAUAGACUUUGUAAUUGCAUUCAGGCGAGUUGUCAAAUACUAUGGUUGGGAAAAAUUUUCUAUCAUUGGGCAUUCAUUUGGUAGCACUAUGGGUCAUAUUUAUGCCUCUCUCUACCCCAAAGAGGUAGAAAAAUUUGUAAGUUUAGACUGUGCACGGACCUUUAUGGCCACAAUAGGGAUGGGUGGAGUCACAGGGGCGCCUCGUUUGAGAUUAAUAACUGAAAAGUCUCUGAAGGCAGAUAAAGAUCUUUCUCGGGAACCGCCAGCUUAUACUGCUGAUGAAAUGGUUGAAGCAUUGUGCUCAACUCUUCACUCUGUGAUGCCAGAACACGUCCACCAUUUAAUGAAGAGGGGUUCCAAGGCCCAUCCUUCAAAACCCAGCCAUUUAUAUUUUACCAGAGAUCAGAAGCUCAGACAAAGUGAUUUUAAUAGACCUAGUUUGGAAGUGCUAAAAGAGGCUGCCAAACAAAUUAAAUGCCAUGUAUUAACAAUUUUAGGCUCCAGUGGAUUUGUAAAUAUUGCAGAGGGUUCACUGCAACAGAAAUCCUUUAACCAAUUUGAAAAAUUAAUUGAAGAAUCAGCAGCAAGUUACCAGAGGCUUCUUGUUGAGGGAUCCCAUCAUGUGCACCUCAAUAACCCAGAGAAUGUUGCUCCUCACAUCAAUACUUUUUUUGCCACAUGAAAUAAAAGAAUACAUUUCUUAAAAAA